AUGUCUAGUAACCGUCCCGCAGCCCCCACGGGCUUAGAGGACAAACAUUUUGGAUACACACACGAAGCUGAAGACAAAGACGCCAAAGACGUUGACGAAGAAGAAUACGAGGCCCAAGUAGCAUCUGGCAAUGAGCGCCGACUCAUUUGUCCUCUCGAGACAUGUCACGACUCGAUCCCGUUCCCCCUACCAACGGGCAUCAAGAACCUUCUGAGCCGGUAUCACCUCAACGAUGACUCGUCAGAGGACAGCCCCUCAGACGAGGUUACAACCUCUUACGAGCGAUUGAACGCCCAGAUCAGUCUUUGCAAGGCGAUCAAUCUCGUUCACACCGAAAAGGCCGCUUUGCGCUACUUUAAUAUGCAUGGCUUGCCGACGAAAAUCGACUUCGUUGCACUUCCUAUACGCAUUCUCGAAUUUCAGGAUGCAAUCCAAGAGCGAGCAACGAAUCGAGAGCGCCUUACGGACUGCUUCAUAUGGAAAAGUCUGCUCAAUCAUACCAGCAAGAAGGGGUUGACCCUCAGCGGGAUCGCACGUUGUGGCAUGGCCCAAUUGCCGAGUUCCAUCAUUUCAUUAGCUCGUCCUGGAUACUACGGCAAUAAAGGAGCUCACAUAAUUGAAGCUGUUGUCCUCAAGCUAGUUGAUCCAAUGUCUGAUGCAUUCGCGCCCCUUAGCCUACAGGCAUUCCGAGCUCUCUAUCUCAUCCCCUAUGUUGCUACCCGGCUAAUUGCGCAAGACAAGCAUUGCAGCAUUACAGAAGCAUGGGACUUAAUGAUUUCUAGUGCUGGCUUUGGUUCAAUCCUGCAGCGAAUAGAGGACGAAGACGAAGACGAACUCGACGACAUCGUCCGCUCAGUGUACCUCAACCCCACUAGUUACAUGCGCUACACUGGACCGCGGCCGAAGCCACGACCUUUAAGGAAAAAAGAGACCCCUGCGGCCGAACCUGGCGAUCUCGAUACUGGGCCUUGUCGAACCAGUGCACGCUGUCAUCCACCCCUUCGCGAGCCACUGGAAUUACCCCAAAAACGUUACCAUCUUCGCAGUCAUACAAAACAAGUGUUAACGACCGUCACUACUGACGACGCAAGCUCCUAG